UCUCGUGAUGAAAUCUCGUCUCGCGAGAAUACGCUUGGCCCUGCAAAAAUGGAGGUCGGAGGAGGAAACGGUGGUGGGCUACCUGUAAACAAUAAACAGAGAGCUAUGGUGCCAAAUAAGAGUAGGGGAGAAUUCACUCGUAACCAGAGAAAAGAUUCAGAGGGCCUGUCUGAAUCUCCAGACCUUGAGUUUGAAUAUGCUGAUACAGACAAGUGGGCUGCAGAGCUGUCAGAGCUGUACAGUUAUACUGAAGGGCCAGAGUUCUCGCUCAAUAGAAAAUGUUUCGAGGAGGAAUUCAGAACACAUGUGUGUGAUAGGAAGUGGACAGAGCUUGAUGCACCUCAUCACAGGGCCCAUGCCAUGCGGCUGCUCGACGGACUGGAGGUGACUGCUCGUGAGAAGAGGCUGAAGGUUGCUCGAGCCAUUCUGUACAUGGUGCAAGGAACCUUUGGCGAGUGCAGUUCCGAGGCCGAAGUGCAGCAUUGGAUGCGGUACAACAACUUCCUGCUGCUUGAAGUGGGGACUUUUUCUGCUCUGGUUGAGCUGCUCAACAUGGAAAUUGACAACAGUGCCGCUUGUAGCAGCGCUGUCAGAAAACCAGCCAUCUCUCUCGCUGAUAGCACAGAUCUCAGGGUCCUGCUCAACAUAAUGUAUCUGAUGGUAGAAACCAUACAACAGGACGACCCAGCCGACAUGCCCGAAUGGAGGGUUAUCAGGGAAACCUUUAGAGUGGAACUGGGUUCUCCUCUGUACAACAACGAGCCCAUCGCAGUCAUGCUGUUUGGGAUGGUUACCAAGUUUUGCAGUGGCCACGCCCCCCACUUCCCGAUGAAGAAGGUCCUACUGCUGUUGUGGAAGAGCAUACUGUUCACACUCGGAGGGUUCGAGCAGCUCCAAACCAUAAAGGUCCAGAAACGGGAGAAGUUGGGUCUUCCGCCUCUGCCGGAGGACAGCAUUCGGGUCAUACGCAGUAUGAGGGCCGCUUCCCCUCCUGCCUCUGCCUCCGACCUCAUAGAACAGCAACAAAAACGAGCGCGGCGUGAACACAAGGGACUGAUCAAACAGGACAACCUGGACGCAUUCAACGAAAAAGACCCUUACAAAGCGGACGACUCCCGCGAGGAUGAGGACGACAACGAUGACAAUGACAACUCAAUAGAGGCAGAGACUUUCCCAUUGGAAAGGGAUGAGGUCAUGCCUCUGCCUAUUUCCCAUCCUCCAUCAGAGAGGGUUUCCUUUCCCAAAGGAUUGCCUUGGGCCCCUAAAGUCAGGGAAAAGGACAUUGAAAAUUUCCUGGAGUCCAGUAGAAGUAAAUUUAUAGGUUACACGCUUGGAAGUGACACAGACACGGUUGUUGGCUUACCCAGACCUAUUCAUGAGAGCAUAAAGACACUAAAACAGCAUAAAUACGUCUCCAUCGCCGAGCUUCAGAUUGUAAAGGAGGAAGAGUUCCAGAAAACCCCUUUGUCAGGGGGAGAAGAGGAAGUGGAGAUGUGUUCCACUGAGCUGCUUUACCAGGGAAUCCUCCCCACAUUACCUCAGUACAUGAUCGCUUUGUUAAAGAUUCUGCUUGCGGCUGCGCCAACCUCCAAAGCCAAAACAGAUUCUAUCAAUAUCCUGGCAGAUGUUCUGCCGGAGGAGAUGCCGACCACUGUGUUACAAAGCAUGAAACUCGGUGUUGACGUCAAUAGACACAAAGAAAUCAUAGUGAAGGCCAUCUCUGCCAUCCUGCUUUUGCUCCUCAAGCACUUCAAACUUAACCACAUCUACCAGUUUGAGUACAUGGCUCAACACCUGGUGUUUGCCAACUGCAUCCCCCUCAUUUUGAAGUUCUUCAAUCAGAACAUCAUGUCUUAUAUCACAGCUAAGAACAGCAUAUCAGUGCUGGACUUUCCUUACUCCGUGGUGCAUGAGCUCCCAGAAUUAACAGCGGAGAGUUUGGAAGCUGGAGACAACAACCAGUUUUGUUGGAGAAACCUCUUUUCCUGCAUUAACCUGCUGAGGAUCCUCAAUAAACUGACCAAGUGGAAGCACUCAAGAACGAUGAUGCUGGUAGUUUUCAAGUCUGCUCCCAUCCUCAAGAGGGCGCUAAAGGUGAAGCAGGCCAUGAUGCAGCUGUACGUCCUCAAGCUGCUCAAAGUCCAAACCAAAUAUCUUGGGCGCCAGUGGCGGAAGAGCAACAUGAAGACCAUGUCAGCCAUCUACCAGAAAGUCCGACAUCGGCUGAACGACGACUGGGCCUACGGAAAUGAUCUGGACGCUCGUCCUUGGGACUUUCAGGCUGAGGAGUGCGCCCUGCGUGCCAACAUCGAGCGCUUCAAUAGUCGCCGCUAUGACAAGAAUCAGAGCAACCCAGACUUCCUUCCUGUGGACAACUGCCUGCAAAGCGUAUUGGGGCAGCGGGUGGACCUGCCCGAAGACUUCCAAAUGAACUAUGACCUUUGGCUGGAACGAGAGGUCUUCUCCAAGCCCAUUUCUUGGGAGGAGCUGCUGCAGUAAGAAAUGAUCAACAUCCUCAUUGUAUUGAGGAUCAGACACUUUUGUGUGUGGCGUUCAGGUAACCCAAUAUCAGCUCAAUGGCUGAAUUUGGUCCCAAGUUCCCAACUGAGUGAAGAUGGAAUUUUUUGUUGUCCGUCGUCUUCAUUUUAAUCGCCAACAAAUUAUUUAAUGUAAUUCCAGAAGAGCUAGUAUUAUAUGAUUACAAUCUAUUUAAUAAAAACAAUUGAUUUUGCAUUUAGGUUCUGCGAGGUGCCACCACUCUGAUGCAAGUGCUCUGUGGACACUUAGUUUUAUAGCCACUCUCCCCUUUGACCAUGUCUCGCUACAUCAUUACCCGUUUUAAAUACAUUUAUGCUGAAUAAAUACAAGUUUUAACUGUAUAACUCAGGCCAGAGAGUGCAGACUGUUUUUAGGUGUUUUACAGCAUUUUAAUAAACGUAACAUUCCAUGUU